GUGUUACAGUCAACAAAAGUUGACUUGUUUGUUUCUUCUAUAAUGAAAUGCGGUGUGAGGUUUGAACAGAAUUCCAUUCCAUUUGAUUUGAUUUUAUUCAUCGAUGAAAGUGAAAGAUCCCUUCUCUCCGUUUGAGCUCUGUUUCUGAAUCUAAACAAUAAUCAAUAUCUCUAUCUGAUUCCAUUUUAGGGUUUUAAAUGACCCAAUUAUUUUCACUUUCAGUUUGACAUGGAGUUCAAAAAGGCCAAACUAGUAAGAUUCUACUCGGAUGUGAAAAGGGUUAAAGAAGAAGGAACAAAGGUAUCAAAAUCAUACAAGGUAUUCCCAGAGGAACAUGAACCAUGGCGUAAAAGAAUACUUGACCCUGGUAGCCAGAUUGUGUUAAAAUGGAAUCGUCUCUUUAUAGUUUCUUGCUUGUUAGCUCUUUUUGUUGAUCCCUUGUACUUUUAUUUGCCUAUUGUCCAAACAACACAACGACCCUCUUCUUCCUGUCUGAAGACUGACCUGACAUUACAGAUUAUUGUCACCUUUCUUCGCACUAUUGCCGAUGUCUUUUAUCUAUUGCAUCUCAUCAUUAAGUUUAGGACUGCGUAUGUCGCGCCCAGCUCGAGGGUAUUUGGAAGGGGUGAACUUGUCAUGGACCCUGCUAAAAUUGCUAGGAGAUAUAUCAGAUCUCACUUCUUCAUUGAUUUUAUUGCAACACUACCUUUACCGCAGAUGCUCAUCUGGUUUAUCAUACCCGCUACACGGACACCUCAGACCGAUCACAACAAUAAUGCUCUUGCAUUCAUUGUCUUGCUUCAAUAUCUUCCAAGAUUAUAUUUGAUUUUUCCGUUAAGUUCUCAAAUAAUCAAAGCAACCGGUGUAGUUACAAAGACUGCUUGGGCAGGAGCUGCAUAUAAUUUGAUAUUGUACAUGUUGGCUAGCCAUGUUUUAGGGGCAUCCUGGUAUCUUCUAUCUGUUGAUCGUUAUACUACUUGUUGGAAAUCCUUAUGCAAAAAGGAACGUAGCCCUCACAGUUGCUUUCUCUACCUCGACUGCAGUUCUUUGAAUAAUGAUACGCGCAAGAUAUGGGUUAAUACUACAGAUGUGUUUAACAGAUGUGACCCCAGUAAUGAUGACAUUCAGUUCAAGUAUGGAUUAUUCGAAAAUGCAUUAACAAAACAUGUUGUCUCUUCAAACUUCAUAUCAAAAUACUUAUAUUGUUUAUGGUGGGGGCUGCAGCAAUUAAGUUCUUACGGACAGAACCUUGAUACGACCACAUUUAUUGGAGAAACGUCAUUUGCUAUUGUGAUUGCCAUCUUGGGUCUUGUAUUAUUUGCUCAUUUGAUUGGGAACAUGCAGACAUAUUUACAAUCAAUUACUAUAAGGCUUGAAGAGUGGAGGCUAAAGCGAAGAGACACAGAGGAGUGGAUGGGACAUCGCCAACUCCCUGAAGAUUUGAGAUUUCGUGUUAGACGAUUUGUACAAUAUAAAUGGCUUGCAACUCGUGGUGUUGAUGAAGAAACCAUUCUACGUUCAUUGCCAACCGAUCUUCGUCGUGAUAUCCAGCGCCACCUAUGCUUAGACCUUGUUAGACGAGUUCCCUUCUUCUCACAAAUGGAUGAUCAGCUUCUUGAUGCGAUAUGUGAGCGGCUGGUAUCUUCUCUAAGCACUCUAGGCACCUACAUUGUUCGUGAGGGUGACCCUGUAACUGAAAUGUUGUUUAUCAUUAGAGGCAGACUAGAUAGUUCUACAACAAAUGGUGGCCGGACUGGUUUCUUCAACUCAAUCAUAUUGAGACCUGGAGAUUUUUGUGGUGAGGAACUACUUUCUUGGGCACUACUCCCAAAAUCAACCAUGAAUUUGCCGUCUUCAACUAGGACGGUUAAAGCCUUAAGUGAGGUUGAAGCUUUUGCUCUUCGAGCUGAAGACUUAAAGUUUGUUGCUAACCAAUUUAGGCGCCUCCACAGCAAAAAGCUGCAGCACACCUUUCGAUUUUACUCUCACCAUUGGAGGACUUGGGCCGCUUGUUUUAUACAAGCUGCUUGGCGUCGAUAUAAGAAAAGGAUGUCUGCCAAAGAUCUCGGUUUGAGGGAAUCUCUUUCGUUCGAUGAGACAGUGGCCAGCGAGAGAGCGCAUGUAGAGGAGGAAUAUCCUACUGGUUCAAACUCGUCUCAGGCUAAAUUGAAUCUUGGGGUUACAAUACUUGCUUCGAGGUUUGCUGCUAACGCACGAAGAGGAGCACUAAAGAUGAAAGAUGAUUUGCCUAAGCUACUGAAGCCUGAAGAACCUGACUUCUCCACCGAAGCAGAUGAUGAUUAGUGGCUCUUUAGAGGCAAUUGAUUGAGUUAUUCAGCUGCAACAGAUAUUCUAUUCAGGUUGAUGGUGGUUCUAUCUAUAGGUAGCAUAAAUCAGCAUAUACCUCUGCCUUGACUCUUAUUGCCCAUGUUUUUGAAUGAUGUAUUUUAGAAAGCAACACAAAAAGGUGGAAAAACUGGGCUGAUGUGUGGGAAUUGGGGGGUGAUGGUGGUGGUGGGUUUUUAUGAUAUAGUUGCAUAUUAUUUGAAAUCUUCAUCUGAGAGUAGGUUGAUUAAAUCUGAUCGUGUAAUAUAUGCCUCAAACCCUGUUUGUUUGAAGGCCAAAGAAAGAAACUGUUUUUCUUGCUCUAUUCAUGUAACUGAUGGCCCUUAUCUUAUAUCUAUUCCGAUAUCUUAUAUUUAGUUA